CAGGCGCCGCUUCCUGUCGCCGUGGUGACCUGCACGCACCAUCCUGAGGCCGCCGGACACACCCCGCGCGCACUUCAAGUGAAGAAAGAGAAACCAGCAGUAGCAACACGCACUUACACCGGCGGCAGUGGCGGAGUCAGCGGGAGUGUAUGUGUCCAAAUCGAUUUACCUGUCGCUUACUGUUACGCCAGCUGGGCUGUCGCUGACAGGCAGACACUGCACCCUGUGACACCCCAGCUUAGCUCACUGCUCGUUGACACCCCAAUUCUUUACAGGAUGGCGGCGGCGCUACUGUCAGAGGCGGAUAUCGAGCAGCGCUCCAUGGCUGAAGAAGACCCCAACGGCAACGAACACGGAGCAGCAGCGCAGAGCAGUACAGCGCCGCGCUGGGGACCGCAACACGCAGGAGCCCGGCAGCUGGCAGAGCUCUACUCGCCAGGGAAACGCUUGCAGGAAUCGGUCAGUGUUGUGUUGUGUGCCUGCCUUGUCACAGUCAACUUUAUUCUUCUCCUGGUGAAUUUUUCCACUGUUCAUAUAUAUCAGAUAUUAAUUGGAAUCUUUGCUGGAAUUGUUACAGCUGAUUUUGCCUCUGGCCUUGUUCACUGGGGAGCAGAUACUUGGGGCUCAGUUGACAUCCCUGUCAUCGGCAAGGCAUUUAUACGUCCCUUUCGAGAGCAUCAUAUCGACCCAACAGCAAUAACUCGUCAUGACUUUAUUGAAACCAACGGUGAUAACUGCAUGAUCACCAUCAUCCCCCUUGCUCAGAUGGCUUACAAAUUCCUCACUGCAUCCUCAGAGGACAUAGCCAAUUCAUACCCCUGGGAGUGUUAUAUUUUUGCACUAGCAAUUUUUGUUACAAUGACAAAUCAGAUUCAUAAGUGGUCACAUACCUACUUUGGUCUUCCACGCUGGGUCACAGUCCUGCAGGAUAUACACAUCAUCCUACCACGAAAGCACCACCGCAUCCAUCAUGUGGCCCCACAUGAGACCUACUUCUGCAUUACCACAGGAUGGCUCAAUUACCCCUUGGACAGGCUAGGUUUCUGGAGGUACUCGGAGGUGAUCAUAGAAAUGCUAACUGGCAGCCGGCCACGGAGUGAUGACAUGAAAUGGGCACAGAAGAGGGACUGAGAGGCUGGAGUACAUCAUUGGACUAGUGUGUUCUCCCAAUAACAAGUCUCAGCUUGAAGACUACCACUUCGCCUCAUUGGCCCUUUUUUAGACAAAAAACAUAUCUCUCUGUGGCAGAGUAGGCAUAAGGAAGCAGAGCUCAACACCACCUUUCCCUGUACAGAAAAGGUUCUGCUGCAGAAGAGUCCGUUUGAUUGCCUGCCUGCCCUGCUGGUGCAAUGCCCCACCUAACAUCCCAUGCCUUUUCUGUCACUAACGUACUGAAGCAGCAGUUUGAAUUCACUCCUUUAUUUAUGUCUUAAAUCAGCCUGGUUGGGCUGGAUUUGGCUGUGGUCAGCAUUAAUGACUGCUUUACUAAUCGUGACACUCAUUAAAAUGAGAUGCUGUUUCAAGUA